AUGGUUUUAAUGUCUUUGUUGCGAAGUUCAGACUUUGCUAUUUGGGAAUCUGACCUUCGAAAUCAAUUCCAGGAAAAAUCCCUAGUCGAAAACGAGUGCAAAAGUCAAAACGAGACCAGUGGCCUGACUGAAGCCACAGUUUCAAGUGGAAACGAAGACAAAAUCAACAGACAAAAUGCUCGUAAGCAAAUUCGCAAGCCUAUGAUUGUGGAAAAGAAAAUGCAUCAAUCAAACGACCCUCUAAAUAUCCUUCUUGUAGUUGCUGGCAGUAGAGGCUACAGACUGCUUUUUAGAUACCCUUACCAAGAUACCGAAGUCGAAGAUGAUACUGGAACAAUAUUAGUCACUGGUCGAAAUCCUUUUGGCGUUGAUAGAAGUUUUAAACAAACUGAAAGCCGAUCAGAUGCAAUUUUGAAAGAUGGAAAACUAUUUGGCUAUCCAGAUGAUAUCUUAGCCAAUAUUUUGGCACCGACAUCGAGUCUUUGUGAAACGAAUUUUGAGCUCAAGAUCGACGAGGCUCUGUUCGUGGGGCAUCCAGUGCUUGUGCAAAGACCCAAUGGAUUCAAUGUGGGGAAAGAAAAGGACCCAGAAGAUGAUGUUCUGUUGAAGAUUUUUAACAUUGUUCUUGUUGUUAGAACAGGAUGCAGUCAGUCCGUUAUUGGAUGCUACCAGAUGUUGUGUAAGAUGCUGGUGAAUGCAAUAAGGCAUGAAGAGAAUAGGUCCAGGUACUUAACAAAAGAAAGAGGAUUGAUUGUGGCAAUUCAAGAUGAAGUUAGUGGAAUGCCGGAAGACUGUCAUCAAUCACAAUUCGAGGUUGUUCUAAGCAAAAGCAAAUUAGCCAAAGAUCUGAAGCUGAUCUUUGAUGAGUUGUGCACCACUGGGAUAAUAAAUGUCUAUAUUAACAAAUGGAUAAAUGUUAGCUUUUGUUUACCUCAUAAAGUACAUGAAAAUGAAGAAGGACAGCUAAGAAUUGAUCCAGGAUUGCUGAGUACAUAUGUCUCAAGAAUAAGGCCUUAUCACACAAUUUUGCUUCUUGAUGAUGAAAGAAACUUGCUGAAUACCCUUCCAGAUGAUUGUGCUCCAACUCUUAAAAGGGUUAUAAAAAUGUGCAGUUUGAAGAAAAGCUUUCAAACAUUGUCACAAGAUGCAGAUAUAUCAUUAUCACAAAUAUUUAAUGUUGUGUCCCAUUUGGUGUACUGGGGUAAAGCAAUGGUUAUUUAUCCACUUGCGGAGAAUAAUGUUUACAUGAUUGUCAAAGAUACACCAGCUAACAUUGACUCAAAGGUUGCAAGAAAAUUUGAAAGGGAGUUUCAGAGAAAAUCAAGUCUUGAAUUGGUUUCUAUUCUUGCAAGAUUUUCUUUUCCAACAACACUUGGUGAAUAUAAAAAUCCAAUUGAUUCUAUUCACCAACAGAGAGAGCAUUUGAUGAUUGUCACCUGGCUUUUGAAACAACAGCUUCUUAAGCAAUUACAUACCUAUGUUUAUUUUAUGCCUCCUGACGAUAUUGAGGCAAACAUUUUAACUCAUUCUGGUACCAGUUUUGAGCUAAAUGAAUUAGCAGGUCCAGAAAUUACAUCUAAGGAGAUCUGGCAUACCCUUACUAACCAAGAAAAAGCUGGCAUUUUAAGCAUGCAGCAAUAUGUUGAGGCUGAGGAUAUUGACUUGUUUUUACAAAUCUGUCCAUAUUUUAAAGGCCAGCAUCAUCUAGAGGAAAUCAUGUAUUAUGAGAACAUGCGUCGAUCAGAACUGGUGACAUUAAUUGACAAAUUUAGGAGCAUAUUGGUAACAACACAGCAUGAAGAUCCUGCUACAGCCUACAAAGCCUAA